CUUCUUGUAAAGUUGGAAAUUCCUUAGACGUAGAACAGGUAGAGGGAGUCAAAGUUGUCAAACUCCGUUCUUGUCACUGUAAAGUCUGAAGAAAACCUCUCCCUCUCCAAACCAUCUCUCUCUCUCUCUCUCUCUCUCUCUCUCGUCUGUGUCAUCAAUGGCGGAAUACGAAUCGUACCACGAAACCCACCACCAUCCUCAAACAAUCCCGAAAGAGACAGCCCUCCAGGCCAUAAACACCAUAGUCCAGCUCCAUUUCGAGAAGACCCUGGAGAAGAAGCGCUCCAUAGACCUCCAAAAGAAGGAGCUCCACAAGCUCUUCCAACUCUUCUUCAUCUUCUUGGGUCUCGUCUUCCUUGCACAGGCUCAGUCCUCUCGCCUACAGUGCCGCCAUUGCUGGAUCCCCAUCACCUUACUCUCCCUCUCCCACCUCAUCUUCUACGUCUCCGUGGCCCAGACCCUGAAGUGCAUCAACGGGUUCAAGUACCAGAGGCGCUGCCACAAGCUCACUCUUGGAACGGCCACCGAGAGGCUCAGGGAGAUGAAGGUGAAAAUGAGUGCCACUGGGGGCGAGCAGUUCGAUGGGGCUUGUGACGGUGACUUUGAGAUUCAUUACCAGGAGCCUCCGGAGAGUUACUUUGGACAUCCAAGAAACUUUAGUAGCAGAUUGGGCGGAGAGAUCAGAGAAGCCUAAGGUGGCAGGACAUCUUUACUGACCUGUGAAGGACCUUGAUGCUUGUCAGGAUGCCACUUCAAAGCUGACAAACGGAAGCUGAAAGAAAGUGCCAAACAUAAGGUGGCAGUCAAGAAGUUAGCAAGAUAAAUGUAUAUUGUAUAGAUGUAUAUGUGCUAUGUAUGUAUGUAUGUAAUAUAUCGAAAAGUACUUAAACGCCCUA